AGACGCACACAUACAAGCGUACACAGUACUGUCUUCAAUCACAAGCUUCAAUGACCAGAAUGCACAUCUGCUGUCACCUGAUCUACUCAGGACUGGCAAGAGUAAUAAUUCAGAAGAAUUCAGAAACGACACAGGAUUAAAAGGCAGCUUAAUUGUGUGACCUCGAUUUCAGGCAGAUUAAGUAAUAGAAAGGGGCUAGGACUGAAGAUGAGCUUUGCCCGUUACAGCUGUCCACCGUGGCAUGACAGUUAGUCACUCCCCGGCCUGUUGAGUGAGUAGAGGAGACAACAUCUCUUAGAUGAUGCCUGUGCAAAAAAAAUAUAUAUAUAUAUGUAUUGCAAAGGUCUUUGAGAUGCAAAAAUAGCCAGUUGUGCUUGUGAUGGGCAACAUGCAAAGCGUGUGCAGGCGAUGAGAAGGAACGUGUCUCACUCAAAGAAAGGCCAUUAAUGAAGAUGGAUUAAUAGCCAGACAAGUCUGAACUUUUCCAAUGUUUUUCUUUCUGUUGUGCACGUUUGAAAAAACCUGCUAACAAGGCCGACAGAGCAGCCAGCAAUGAAAGGUGGACUGUUAUUGGCUUUAUGUGCCAUUUUGGUGUUCCAUCUGGCAUCGGGGUGCCCUGACAUCUGCACGUGCCAAACCUCUUCAAGGACGGUUGACUGUAGCUUCAGAGGACUUCUUGAAAUACCAAAUCAUUUGCCAUUGCAAACACAAAUGCUCUAUUUGCAGGGGAACCAAAUACGCGCUAUAAACCACACAUCUUUCACAUACGUUGCAAGCCUGAGGAUUUUAGACUUGUCUAAUAACUCCAUCUCAAGAGUGCCGCCAUAUGCCUUCCACUUCCUUCGCUCGCUGCAAGUCCUGAAUCUCACCAACAACCUCAUAUAUCACCUCGAAAGCCAAGUGUUCACACCUCUUAUGGCUCUAAAGGAACUGGAUUUGUCUUACAAUAACCUUAGUGCUUUACCAGAAUCUUUAGGAAACAACACUCGGAACUUGACCUUCUUAGGAGUAAGAAAUAACCAACUGCAAAACAUUGACCGCAUGGUCCUGCAGACCUUCACCAAUCUGAAAGUUUUGCUUGCCCGGUCCAACCCCUGGCAAUGCAACUGCCCUGCUCUGGGCCUAAAGCUCUGGCUGGAGAAUUUUUUAUAUAAAGGAGGGACUAUUGACGAGUUAAUUUGCAGUGGUCCUUCAAUUCGAAAGGGAAAUGAUCUCCUGAAGAUUCCUUAUGAAAUGUUUAAGACUUGUACCCCCCCAAUGACUGCUCCACCCGUUAUGUCAAAUAUUCACUAUCACAGCCCCGAGCACAGGAGUAAUAGCAAAUUUGGACAUCACAAUGAUCAUAUAGACGGCAGUCACCCUGAAUGUGAACCAAAACCCAAACCUCGCCCAGUGAGCUUGAGACAUGCCAUAGCCACUGUUGUCAUCACCGGUGUGGUGUGUGGCAUUGUAUGCCUAAUGAUGUUGGCAGCUGCCAUCUAUGGUUGUGCCUAUGCUGCGAUUAUGGCAAAAUACCACAGGGAGCUUAAAGAAGUGGAACGUUUGGCUCCUGUAGCAGAACAUGGCAGCCCAGAAGAAAAGGAGCCCCUUGAUGGCACUUUAGCCUGAACUUUAGCUUUAGUACUGUAUGUUUCUUUUUUUAAGGCGAUAAACAUAUUGAUAUCAUGCUGUAUGUUAAUGAAAUGUCACUCUCCACGCUAAAUGUAAAAAAUGGACCUGUGCAUGUGGAUUGAGAUAUGAAUCCUUAAUGGUGUAAUUCUGAGCUAGCAGCAAUAUUAUUAUAUUAAUUGAGACUCUGGAA